CGGAGAAUUAAGGAAGGGGAGUAAUUAUACUCCGGUAAUUACUACUCCCUAAUUGGCAUCCAGAUGCUGGCUCUGUAUCCGGAGACCACACUUCCCGUUCUAUCCAAAAUCACUUUACUCUUGAAAAAUGUGGCUGCAUCUUCUCUUCCUCCUCCUCAACUCCGGCGCCUUGGCGGCUGAGAUCGCCGAUCUCCGCCGCGGAUUUUACAAGCAGACCUGCCCGGAGGCGGAAUCCGUGGUCAGGCUGGUGAUGGAGAAGAGCAUGAGAAGAGAAGCCAGAAGCAUAGCAUCCGUGAUGCGCCUCCAGUUCCACGAUUGCUUUGUUAACGGAUGUGACGGAUCGGUACUGUUGGACGACACGGAGACUAUGUUGGGGGAGAAGCUGUCUUUGUCGAACAUAAAUUCACUGAGGUCAUAUGAAGUUGUUGAUGAAAUUAAGGAAGAGCUGGAGAGGGCGUGUCCGGGAGUUGUUUCGUGCGCUGAUAUCUUAAUCAUGGCGGCCAGAGAUGCUGUUGCUCUGAGUGGAGGACCAAAUUGGGAGGUGAAGCUGGGAAGGCUGGACAGCUUAACAGCAAGCCAAGAAGACUCAGACAACAUAAUGCCAAGCCCAAGAGCAAAUGCAACAUACCUCAUAGACCUCUUCACCAAAUUCAACCUCUCAGUGCAAGACCUGGUUGCCCUUUCAGGCUCCCAUUCCCUUGGCAAGGGAAGGUGCUUUUCCGUCGUCUUCCGCCUCUACAACCAAUCAGGGACCGGGAGACCGGACCCCGCCAUGGACUAUGAGUUCCGAGAGAAGCUCGACAAGUUGUGCCCCCUCGGGGGCGACGGGAACGUCACGGGGGACUUGGACGCGACGCCCGAGGUGUUUGACAACCAGUACUUUGUGGACUUGACUAGGGGACGAGGGUUUCUAAACUCGGACGAGACACUGUUCACUACCCCGAGAACCCGGGGGUACGUCCGGCUGUAUAGCCGAGACCAAAAGGCAUUCUUUGAUGCAUUCGUCGAGGGGAUGAUUAAGAUGGGCGAUCUUCAGUCGGGCCGGCCCGGAGAGGUCAGAAGAAACUGCAGAGUUGUCAAUGGCCACUUGCCCCCAAGGAACUCCUUUGCUUCCUAAUGAGGACAUAUCUUAAUUAUCUCCAUUGUUGGUUUACUUGAUCAUCAACUCCAUCAUUACUUAGCUUGAAUGGUGUCAUUGGUGUGAGUGAAUAUUUACAACAUGUUGAAGUUUUAAUAUUCAACGGUUCAUAGUUCAAGUGUUUUACUCCAUCAAACACGUCUAAAGGGUACUUCAUGACAGUGAUCUUUUAUUUUAUCAACGGUUGAGGUUUUAUCACUUCAGAGUGCACAAUUUGUUUUCUUUCGUAAAUUAAUUGUAGUACAAGAAUGUUAUACAUCUACUCCAUGUUAGUGAGCAAUUCAUAACUUCCAAUUAAUGAACAAUUCGUUU